AUGAUCCGCGACAAGAAAUCAGUGAUUCUAGUCUGUAAGGCCUGGAGGGAGGUCGCCACUCCUUUGCUGUACACGAACGUUUCUCUACGAAGGAUUGCUCAGGUGCCUCUGUUUCUGCGGACGCUACGGACACAAGGUGCCUUUGACUUUCCCGGGAUGGUGAAGAGUCUGUGUAUAGAAUGUGCCAUCAGCGAUAAGCACCUUAGCGCACUGGAAGCCACCUCAAGAGUUAUUUUGGGUGACAUCGAAAAGGACUCGAGUGUGCCAAAGGACUUCGAAGGACGGGAUGUGGUUCUUCCUCACUUGGCCAACUUUUGUAUGCGGUUGGAAUGCACUGGCCCCGGAGCAUAUAUCAAACAUAUCGCUACACCUGUACUGACUAGCAUGACCAUCAUCGCUGCUGUCUGCGUCGCCGACUCGUCAAGCAUAGGAGCCAUAUGUAUCCCGAGAGGGCCAAAUCUGAAGUUCCUCUGCAUCGGUGGUCGCUUGAAAGUUGAUGUGAAUGCGAUAAUCGAGGCGUGUCCAGUGCUGGAACAUCUUGUUGUCAAUGACUACUCUCCGCUUCCCCGUCGUCACUCUCAUCUGCUGUUCUUGGAUGUCUGGUGUCGUUCCCGUCAGUGCACGCGAGAGGCACGAACAUGGGUCUGGUCGUACCGGGGACACUUGUUUCCUGCGCUUCAACGUUUCCGGCUCCUCGACUGCCCACUGCAGAACAUCCCGAACCUGAUAGAUGCGCUCCCUCCCUCCCGUCACACUGAGGAUAGAGUGAGAGUGCAUCUCCCGGGCGCUACCGUCUGGGACAGAGCUGAAGGAUUAUUCGAAGAGGUGCCUUCGCAUUAUCCACCGGGGCCGUCCGGCUAUGAACUGCUAGUGGACCAUAUCGGAGACACAGACUUCUUCUCUGACUGGGACGAUGAGUCUUACGAGCCGUCUUCGACCCCAUCGUCUCCUUCCACAUCAAGUUCUUGUUCGUGGGCAAGUGAAGAUUCCUCGACGGGCUCGUGCGUAUCGAAGGACCUAUCUCAGAGUGAAUACGAGCAGUUGCUCGAGUUUGCGGAUAGCUCCGAUCAACCGUCUGGAAGGCCUGGCUGA